UCAGAGCUUUUCUUUGUGCCUCCUUAGCCCACCAGCAGGCUCAGCCAUCUCAGCAUCACCCUCCUCUGAUCCACGCUUGGCAUGUCAGCUUCCAAUACAUCUCAGACAUGCAAGGAUUACACCUUCAACCACCACCUCCUCCUGCCUGGCUACAUCUUGAUAUUCAUUACGGGUUUGAUGCUGAAUGUGAUGGCCCUAUGGAUAUUCAUCCGCUACCUGCGCCUGAAGUCUGUAGUGAUGAUCUACAUGUUCAACCUGGCCAUGAGCGACCUCACCUUCACACUCCCUCUGCCACUGCGCCUCUACUACUAUUCUAACCACCACUGGCCUUUUGGUAACACCCUGUGCCAGGUCUCUGGCUCUGUCUUCCAGAUCAACAUGUAUGGUAGCUGCCUCUUCCUCAUGUGCAUCAAUCUGGAUCGCUAUGUUGCCAUUGUCCACCCACUUCGCUGGCGGCACCUGCGGCGCCCCAAGGUGGCCAAGCUUCUUUGCCUGAUUGUCUGGGUUCUAAUCUUCACAGGCUCCAUCCCCACAGCCAUAGUCCACAAGCAAAACCACUGUGAGGCACAGAACAAGACCAUUUAUCUGUGCUUUGAAAGCUUUAGUGACAACAUUUGGCAGAAUAACCUCUUCCCCCUAGUUGUCUUGGCUGAAAUCUUAGGGUUCUUGCCUCUCAGCUCUGUGACAUACUGCUCGAUUCGGAUUUUUAAAAAGCUCUACCAGAACAGCCAGACGAAGACCCUGCGACAGCAGAAGACGGUCCGUCUCCUGUUGGUCAAUCUGGUCAUCUUCAUCAUCUGCUUUGUGCCCUACAACACUACGCUGGCAGUCUAUGGGAUGAUAAAGGCCCAGGUGAUUAAGGUUGAGAAAGAAACAAAGGCCUCUGUCCGCCAAGUGUUAAUUACGACAAUGCUGUUGGCCAGCAUGAAUUGCACACUGGACCCCUUGAUCUACUACUUCAGUACUGAGGGUUUCCGUAACACCUUUAAGAAAUUGCGGCGGGGACAAGCCUGGGACUCAGAUACAGUAGUGCUUAAGAAUCAAGUUGUGGAGAAUAAGCCAACCCGAGACAAUGCUGUCUCAAAAGUAAAACAGUUCCCAACUGAAAACUUUAUCCAUCCAGUGAUCUGGCCACCACUUCCUACUGCAGUAUUUUUGAAUGGCCCUAUUGAGGACUCAGAAAUAUAAGCACAGAAAAGUCAUACCAUUGCAGAGUCACCCUUAUCAAUAAUUACAGCUCAGGUAACUUAGCAAACUGUUUGAGGGAGCACAGCAGACUGUGUGUGUAUGUGGGUGAAGGUGAUGAUACAAACCUGAAGGAUGAAAGGCUGUUUUGAAUAAACAGAGAUGUCUUGGUGACAUGUGCUGAUGCAAAACCUGAAG